AUGAAAAAUCAGGAACUAAAGAAAAUACUAGAUGCAGUAGGCAUAGUGCUUACCUUCUUCGCUACAAAGUGCAGAGGCAGCGGGAACCCCCUUAGUGAUGAGAUAUACACCGGUGUAUAUCCGUACGUAGGAGAACAGGCUGCAGAAGAUGCGGCAGCAGGUUUUUAUGCUUCAUCUUUCAUAGCCCCUCCUAAUAGUUUUUUCUUAAGCGGACAUAGCGCGAGCGUUGCUGCAGUAGAUAAUAUGGCAGACCAGUAUGCCUGCGCUGAGCCGUAUAUGGCCGAAAAUAGUGUGCAUCUGCAUCCUUUUGGCCUGGCGCAGAAUAUGCCUGGCACGUCAAGGGGCCAAGAUAUACACAGCACUGAUAGCUUACAUCUUUCUUCUUUUUUCCAAGACUCUACAGAUGGUUUGCUAUAUAAUGGAUACGGUGAACAGAGUUUUAACACAGAUAAUGCUGUAGAAUAUCAUUCCGUUCAGAUAUAUCCCUUUAUAGCAGAAUCCAGUGCUUUUGCACAUCCCUUGGAUCCAAUGCAUGGCGUGCCUAGUACAUCAGGGCAGUCGGGUAUAGUAGACAGUGUGGGCUUCUCUUCUAUUGAUCCAUACACAUAUGGCUCGGCUCAGAAUGGGUGCAUGCCCUUUGAACAGCUGCCGAGAACAGAAAAGCAGAGCGAAGAGGGCAGAGAGCAGCAGCAGUCUACAGCACAGCCCUAUGCAAGCAUAAACGCCUUUAAUGAAGCAGAAAGUACUGCCGAUCUUUCUAGAGGAGGUAGAGCGGUAGGUGAAAAGAGCUCAGAUUUUGAUGGUUUUGAGGUAGAUGUGGACAGCUUCUUCUGCGAUAAAAAACUAGAGGUUUCCGAGAAUAUAAGCGACAUGAUAAACGAAUACCUUGUAGCACCGCUACAGCACAUAGUGCAACCUUGUGUGGAUGAGAACGCAUCUAGCAAGGAAUAUAGUGGCUCUGUGUCAGCUGUGGGAGAGAAGAGAAAAGCAAGCGAAGAGGACGGCUUGGAGGCAUGUCCUAUACGCCGAGUAGCACAGAAGGACAAAAAAAAGAAGAAAGAAGGAAAAAGAAUAGAUAACCUGAACGUAAAACUGUGGAACGAUACAAGGCUAACCAAUACAAGAAAAGCGAGCUAUAAAACAUUCCACAAAACGAUGUACAGACACGAAAACAGCAGAUUCGAUGCGUAUAUGACCGCAGAAAUAACAUCCAGGGUGUAUCAAGAAAAGCUCAGAAAGGACAUUCAGGAGUUCUCUGCAAUGAUUGUACCAGAGAUAGACAAGAGUGCGUUUUUUUACUUCAUUGCAAGCAGAACUACGAAUAUAGCCACAAAGUACAAGGAUUUGCUGGGGCUGCUGGAGCUUUUUAAAAGCGAGGGGGGCAGUGCAUAUAAGAAAAUGCUGAUGGCUUUUGAUGGAUACUAUCCUGGAGUGGUUGAGGAUCUGGUAGAGUACACAAGAAAGCAUAGGCCGUUGAGGACUAGUGUAAGGCUCCCUCCGACUGUGUGGAAUGAAACCUUGGGGGAUGCAUAUGUCCGAAAAGGCCUCGAGCUGAACUACUCUAUAAUCCUGUACCAGAACAGACUCAGCCCGACAGAGGGGAGGCUCUCUCCGUUGGUCUAUGCUAUGCGCAUGAUUCUAGCACUGCCUGAGGUGCACCAGGACUUUUCCACCAUCAGCGAAAAGCUUGUAAAAGACACCAACAUCUCACAGGAUCCAUCCAUAAAUGCAGAGUCUCAGAAGGUCCUAUUGGCCAUAUGCACACUGGCAAAGGAGGCAGAAGAAAAUAAUAAAAAAACAGAAAACGCAUACGAAAAUAUACAAAGCGCUCUGGAGAGCAUGUACAGGAAAAAUACACAGAGCGAGCCAACUGUGUCUGAGCUGUACAGGGGCGUGUACAUAAUCCUUGCAGAGUUCUACGAGAAGGCAAAAGUCUUUGACGAGAAACAGUAUAUUUUGCUGGGCAAGUGCGCUAUAAAGCACCAGAAGUAUAUUAGAUGCGAGACAAUCCUAGGGCCAGUAUCGGACAGCUCUUUUAAAGACGUCUGCAGGCAUGCAUACUUGUUUGAGAUGAACAAGUGGGAUAUUUCGCCUGAUGUAAAACUGCACUAUCACAUUUACUAUGUGGACAACACAGCACAUCGCUCCAGAAUGCUGUGCAUGCCCGUACAUGUAGACGAGAGCGGAACAGAGCACUAUCUGCACACAAUUGACGAGAUGAUAAGCCAUAUAAAAGUGCUGUAUGGGGUAAAUGGGCAUUUGGAUGGUGUACAUCCUUUCAAAGUGAAAAAAGGCACCAGAAAGUGGACGUACAUUAACGAAGCGGAGAGAGGCAAAACAGUGAAAGAUCUGGCAGGGUACGAGGUGGUCUUCUAUCGCAUUGAGGAGCGCGCAGAAAUGGCAAGGUGCACUUUUGCAGAGUUUUGGCCGCUGUGUCCUCAAGAAGAGGAUGCUAUUUCCAUACCGCUGUUCCUUACUCCUCUGAUGCGCUCUGCUGUGGAGCUGGGGCCUUUUAGCAAGAAAAGAGAGCACGCAGAGAUAGAAUCGAUGGAGUUCGUAGAUAGAGUGCCUGACGUGUACAUAUACAGCCAGAAGUAUACUGGCGAUGAAUACUCAGACACAUACGCGUACUACAGCAAUCUGCAUAUCCUCUUAAACACGGAAAAGCAGCGGACUUUUGACUGCUAUGCCAUGGACUACCAGAUUGUUUCGCAGGCAGACAACCCCACCAAAGCUGUGUGGUACGUGAAUGUGACGGACGGUGCAAAUGCGUAUACACACUGUCUGCUAGAUGGCGCUUUCAAGGAAAAAGCAGACUCAAAAGAGCUCAGUGGUUUUAUUGAUGUGCUAGAGUCAAGGAAGUACAACAAAGACAGCAAGCUGCAUGGCAUAUGGCUGAAAAAUAGAGAUAUAGCAGACAGCGCGCCAGAAGGCCAGACAGAAAGAGUGUAUGCUUGGGUGGUGAACAUCGAUGAGAAUAAGCAAGAGACUAAAAAGUAUCUAGACGCAAUUAAGAUGAAGGCAGAAAAUACAAAAGAAAAAGAAACAGACUUAGAAGCAGUAGAAAAAGACGGUAAAAAGGUGAAGAUGGCCGUUAAAAAAAGCAUAAAUGAUACCGCAAAAGGGAAAGGAAAGAGCAAACAAAAAGCCUUUGACAAAGAGCUUUUUGAAGCAGUAAUAUCUGAAAGACCUAACGAGCAGACAGAGCUCAUCGUGUUUCGCAAUGUGAACGAGAGCAAGUCCAAUCUGGGCGCGCACAACGAGAUUCUUGAUGUUUUGAUCUCGACCUAUAAUAAGUAA